AUGAGGUACCGGGUACCCCUGCUGCGGGUAGUUGUUGUCGUGUCAGUGGGUCGGUAGGCGUGGCCAACUGGCUAUUUAUUUAUUACACACCGAUGGUGCGCUCGUUCAAUGGCCAUAAUUAUAAUUGAAGAUACGUCUAAUUCAAGUAUUCAACAACAUCACAUCACUAGUAUAAUAUAUAGUUUUCCUGGAGGCUAUGAGUUGUGGAUUUCAAUUCGUCAAUAGAACGUUCGUUUCCACAAUGUCUACUAACGCGUUUCAAGAACUGAUGAAAUCAUCUAGGAAAACUACUGAAAAAAGCCCACCAUCAAAGAGAACAAAAGUUGAUGUGGCCAAAGAAGUCAGCAGCAAUAAAAGCACUUCUGGGAAACAUUUUUGGAAAAGUGGACUGACACAUGCAAUGAAUGAUUCAGAAAACAUUGUUGAAUCAACUGAUUCUCUUGUCAUCAUCAAGGACAAAUAUCAAAAAGCCAAUUUUCACUAUUUGAUAAUGCCCAAGGAUGUUCAAUUGAACUCUCCACAAAAAUUGACUAACUUAAAUCUUCAUCUUUUGAAAGACAUGCAACAGAAAGCUCAAGUGCUCAUCAAUGAUCUUCAUCCAAAAGCAAAAUUCAAGAUUGGUUUUCAUGCUAAACCAAGCAUGGAUCACUUACAUCUACAUGUUAUCAGUACAGAUUUUGUUUCUUCUUGCAUGAAGACCAAAAAACACUGGAAUUCAUUUAAUACUGAGCACUUCCUGAAUCUUUCAGAUCUGAUCACAGAGUUGGAAGAAAAAGGGAAUUUGGAUGACUACUAUCCAAAUGAUAAAGAUAUCGAGUUGUACCUGAAAAAGCCGCUAAGAUGUAACCAAUGUCCAUUCGAAGCAAAGACAAUGCCGAGUCUCAAGACACACUUGGACGCGCACGCUUGCUAGCUCUCCUUAAUAUUGCUAACGUCACAUCUUUUCUAACUAAAAGUUCAAUUAUUCAUAAUCAUAAAUGGGUAAAUCGUUUUUUUUAUUUUUAUUAUGGCCAUUCGUAAAUCUGCUGUAAAAGUAAAACAUGAAUAGCAAAUCACAAAAAGCUGGUCGUGAGUUAAUCGUAGAAAUAUUUGUGGUGAAAUUAAGCACAUCAUGGACAAUUAAAAUGUACGUCAAAGCUG